AUGGAAGGAGAUCAGCCCCCUCUGACUGCAGAGCUGACAACCCCCAGCCUGAAGAAGGCUCACACCCCACCUCUCCAUGAGGACGCCAACACCGUGGUCAUCGCAGUUGUCAUCACCCUGGUGUUCCUCACCCUGCUGACGGUCCUGGUGGUGAUCAUCAUCUACCUGUACAGAAACAAAGGCAGCUACCUCACCUACGAGCAGCCGGUGGCGGAGACCGACGUGUCGGUGCAGAUGGAGGACGCUCCAUCCAAAGAGAAAGAGGAAUAUUUUAUCUAA